AUGAGUACAAAUACUGAUCGUCAUCCAGUCAUCAUCGAUACAGACGCUGAUAUAGAUGAUUUAUGGGCAAUUCAAUAUUUAAUUAAUGUUCCAACAGUUGAUAUUAUCGCAAUAACAACUGCAGGUUCAGGAUUCAGUACACCGAUUUAUUCAACGUCUAAUAUUCUCAGUUUUCUCGGUUUACUGAAUUGUACAGAUCGUAUUCCAGUGGCUAGCGGGGAAAGUCUAUCAUCACUUUCAUCCGGUUACCAAGUAGCGAGUACAAUUUUAACUGGGAUUGAUACAUAUCUUACGUCACCCAAUUGUCUCAAUCAAUCCGUUGAUAUUUUCUUACAACCAUCACCAUUUGAAGCAGUUGAAUUAAUUAUAUUUAUAUUGAAAUAUUCACAGAAACCAGUUGAUAUUUUAGCUCUUGGACCUUUAACAAAUAUUGCUGCUGCUAUCAUUCGUGAUCGAUCAAUUGUACCAAAAAUAGGUACACUUUAUUUAUCUGGUGGUCAGUUUAAAUCUCUAUCUACUUACUCAUCAUUGACGCCCAAUCCAAGUUUAGGAGUUUAUCCAUACAUGAGUAAGACGACCGGUAGUUCUGAAAAUAUUUUCUUAGAUGUUCUUGCUGCACAACGUGUUGAUGAUAGUGGAAUAAAGAAUUUAAUUGCCAUGCCAUCGGAUGUACAGAAUCAGUUACCGACUAAUUUGACACAAAUAGAUGUGAUGCUAAAGAAAUUAAAUAUUACAUUGACACCAUUCGUAUAUGAAUUAAUAACAUCACUCGCAAAAUGUGGAAAUCAAAGUGAAUCAGACAUUUUUUGGUGGGAUAAUAGUGCAGCUCAACUCAUGGUUCAAAUCCAAAAUAAUGUUUCAAAUGGUUUUUGUACUCAGAUGGAACAAGUUAGAUCACUUUAUAUUUUGUCGGCUGAUGCUGAUCAGUUGUUUGGUCAAGGUAUAAACGAUUCUGGACAGAAUGGAGCACAUAUCAAAGGAUUAUCAAAUUAUAAAAUAUGUACAGAAACGAAUUCUGAUGUGUUUUUGUCGGAAUUUUUAUCAAAAAUUCAUUCCAAUCAACUUUAUUCCUGUAAAAAAUCUUAUGGAAAUCGAUUCGAUAUUAAAUUACAACAUUGCCUUCGAAACCACGGACUUGGAUGA